CUUAAGCGGAUAGCGGAUAAAGAUCGCCUCUUAGCCUCAAACAGUAUACUCACGUUUAUUGUAUGCCUUUUAGAAAAACAAGUGAAGAUAUAAUUAUUUAUCGAAUCUAUCGAUAAUGGUUCUCUAGUUUUUCUCACGUUUAUAAACUCCUAACUUCUGACUAACAACUUCUAUCCUUCAUUACAUCAUAAUUGUUUUUCAUCAAAACUUCUUAUAUCCAUGGAAGCCGCUGGUGAUGAAAAUUCUUGUGAUCAUACUAAAGCCAGGAGUGUUGGUUGCCUUGGUAUAGGAGAUUCUACUCUUUAUCAAGGUUUUUGGAUUUUUGCCGAAGCAUUAGAAAAUAUUAAGGAUUUUCAACAAAAUUUUAAUGCUUUGGAUACUGAUCUACUACUAGCCUCACACCCCAAAUCCGGCACCGUUUGGUUGAAAGCGUUGGCCUUCGCCAUCGUCAACCGUACCCGUUACCCUCUUUUUUCUUCUUCCAAUCACCACCCCUUGCUUACAGUUUCACCUCAUGACCUUGUUCCCUUCCUCGACUUAAAACAUGUUUAUCCAGCUAGUAGUCUCCUUGAUUUCACAAAAAGUGGUAGCCAUGAUCAUCAUUAUUCUUCAUGCAGGCUCAUGGCUACUCAUAUCCCGUACACUUCUCUACCUGAUUCGGUUACUAAUAGCGCUAUAAAUUGCAAGAUUGUUUAUAUAUGUAGGAACCCUCAAGACACCUUCAUCUAUAUGUGGCAAUUUUUUAACAAAAUGAGGACAUUGCCGGAGAGCAAUAAUAAGAGUACCCCUUCCCUAUCGAAAAUGAAAAAGAGUUGCCCUCUUUCGAUUGAAGACGCUUUUGAGUUAUUUUGCAAUGGAGUUUCAGAUUAUGGUCCGUAUUGGGAUCAUGUUCUUGGAUAUUGGAAAGAGAGUCUAGAGAGGCCUUGUAAAGUGUUGUUUUUGAAGUACGAAGACUUGAAAAAAGAACCGGAACCUCAGUUGAAGAAACUCGCAGAAUUCUUAGGUUAUAGUUUUUCUAUAGAAGAAGAAAGUCAAGGAGUGAUCAAGGAAAUAAUAAACUUGUGCAGUUUUCAACAUAUGAAGAAUUUGGACGUUAACAAACAUGGAAAGAUUUGGAAUAAUUCUUUAGCAAACAAAGACAUUUUCAGGAAAGGUGAGGUUGGCGAUUGGAAGAAUUACUUGACACCUGUAAUGGUUGAACGACUUGAUCGUCUCAUGGAAGACAAGUUACAUGAGUCAGGCCUAUCAUUCUGAAACUAUAUUUCUUGAUUGAUAUAUGCAACUCAUUUCGCUUUGAAAAACAAAAACAAGAAAUUCAUUUCAGCAUCUCUUCUCCGAGGAGAGGUUUUUCUAUUUUCAGUAUUUGUUUUGCUUAGGUGUUUUAAUUUUUCUGGUUUUGUUUGGACACUGAAUCUGUUACUUUCUUGGUUUGAUGAUGGAGGGUGUUUGUGCUAGUCCAUGGAUCUAUUUUCACUGAAUCAAAUCGGAGUGGUGUGUGUUUGUGCUAAUCCAUGGAUGUUUCUUUUCGUUUAAUGCAAAUCUAAUAAUAAUGGAUAUUAAGAAGAUGUUGUACAUUUCCUUUCAUUGUAAAAUAGUUUUAAUCUCUUAAUUCUUUUUAAUGGACAUUUCAAGUUUUUACCCCAA